GGACUAGCGUCUAAAAUCUGUCAGAUCAGCGGACCGUCCUCACCGUUAAUACCUUACCUUAUUUUACGACACUAAUUCACUUUACUUAGCGUCGGAUACUUCCAUUUACUUUUGGAAUCGUUUUUACUUGUUUUUCGACGCUCGUAGCUGAAGGAAACUGUAAAGAAUGACGAGCAGCUCUAAGCGGAAAGAAGAAAGUCAUCUAGUGAAUGGGGGUGUAAAACAGUCCACAUGGAGCAAAGCGUUCAACAGUAAUGCAGUUUGGGAGGAAAAGGAUGAGUUUUUAGAUGUCAUUUACUGGCUACGGCAAAUCAUUGCAGUGAUCCUUGGUGUAAUUUGGGGUGUCGCCCCACUGAAAGGAUUUCUGGGAAUAGCCAUAUUCUGCAUCAUCAAUGCUGGCGUACUGUAUGUAUACUUCAGCAGCUUUCAGCAGAUCGAUGAGGAGGAGUAUGGUGGAACGUGGGAGCUCACCAAAGAAGGCUUCAUGACAUCUUUUGCUCUUUUUCUGGUGGUGUGGAUAAUCUUUUACACAGCCCUACAUUUUGACUGAAAGGAUUCCACAGGACACUUUAUACGAACAUUUGUGUCAGUGGUCAAGGUGCACGAAAUCCAUGGCUUGAAGGGUGCUGACAUGCCCACAUACAGUCUGACUCCUCCUCAGUGUGCACUGCAUCAUGGGAAUAGUUGUUUGAGGAUGGACACAAUUAAAUCAAUUGUUAUUGGUGGGUUCCGUUUUUAAAGGAGCCCCAACUUUCCAUUUGUCUUUCUCGUUUCCUCACGAAGGUGUCAUCAUGUCUGACAAAUGACUAAACAACACAAGUUAACCGAGAUUGGUUGUUUCUAUGGUUUCAGUGUGUUGAUGAGAAAUGGGAUAAGUAUGCAUUCAUUUUUUCCACAACUUGCUACAGAGUUUUAUCUGCUUGAUCUGAACUCAAGAGCUUGUUCCUCAACUUCCAAGGUUAGUGCAACACAGCAAAAAAUUUGCUAUUUAUUUCUUUUUAGCAUAAAACACAACAAUCAUGAAUAAUCAUUAAGCAUUAAUAACAAUCCAUGAAUAUUUGUCAAUUGUCUGUCUAUAUGAAUAUAGCACAAUUAUCAAUUGGGCAGUGGCACCGUCAGAUCUGUCAUCAGCUACUGUGUCUUUUUUUAAAUGUGGAUGCAUUUUUUUCCAUUAUCAUUGAAGUGCAUGACAAACUCUAAACCCAUUGUCAGUGUAUGUUAAAUGUGGUUCACAGUCUGUGUCCGCCAACAUGGAGGAAACACUGUUCACAGAUGUAAGCUAAACUUGGCCUGUUCCAAUAUGUAAUUGUCAUUUAUUAAUGACUAGUUAGCUGGGUAGAUUUGUUUCAUCACAUGUAGCUUCCUGAUCAGUGUCUUACCUCUAAUUUGAAAUUAACUUAAGGUAUUCUGUAAUUUCUGUAUUAUGAACAUGUCAACAACAUUGAUAUAUUCGUAGUGUGUACCUCUGUUAUGUCUUGCCUGAUGUAACAUACUGCUCAGUAUUUUAUAGUCGAGGACUUUUGUUCUCAAUUCUUGCAAGGUUGUACUGAUACUAUUAGCCUGGUGUUCGAAAGGAUUGUAUUUUCUGAUCAAAUCUUUUGAGAAUCAUUAAA